GUUGUAGCCCAAUUUGUGUUUUGGGCCCAGCCCAUUUAGGCCCAUUAAGCCCACUCAAAACCCUAACCCUAGCACACGCAUAUAAAUAGCAGUUCUCUAGCAAAAAAUGGUAAAAAUCCCCAAAUCUCUCCACUCCCAGCCGCUGCACCUGGCUUCUUCGCCACUCUCUCCUCUCCUCGUUCACUCUGCCAGGUGGCCGGCCGCCCCUGCUCCCAUCUCCCACAGCCGCCGCCGCCCUCAGCUCCUCAGCCACCUCCCAUGGCCUCGUCUCCCUGCUGCAGCGAAGCCGACCACCGUUUCCUGCAGCCUCGAUAGCUCCCCCCCCCCCCCCCCCCCCCCCCAUGCCGUCCCUGCUCACCUCACCUUCGUCGGCCGUCCUUGGACGCCGUGCUCGGCGCCCGAGCUCCCUACGCCGGCCACCAUCCUUCCCAUGGCAGGAGCUCCGAUCGGCCCCUGCUGACCUUGGCACUCGGCGUGGCUCCAAGCAGCGCCUUCUCCCCCAGGACCGGCUCACCGUCAGCCGCGAGCUCCUCUCCCUCACGUCCCCUACAGACAAGCAGGUUCGACCGUCGCCCAACCCCCUCUCCAGCGCGCGCAUGGACUCCUCCCUGCUCACGCCGGCCUGUGCAGUGUCGCCGGUGAGCAGCAGCCACAGCAACUCCGCGCUCCGCCGGCUUGCGGUUUUGUCAAGCCCAGUAGACAGCAGCAACCCCGAUGUCUUCACGUCGUGCGCUCCACCCCGAUUUGCGCAGCCCCUGCGCGACGUCGUCCACCCGAUGUUGACGCUGUGCCACGCGCACCAAGCGUUCGACGAAAUGCCCAACCAACGGACAGCACGCGGGUCUCGAACCCGAUUCGGCUAGGUUGUUCGAUUUGUAUUUUGUGGUCUACUCUAAUUACGCUUUGGUCGAUGUCGCAUAUAUAUGUGUGUGAAUAUGUUUGUAUGGAUUCGAGUUAGGGAAGGAGAAGAAAGCGAAGUAGAAAAGAACCCGGAUGUUUCUUAGGUUUUCAGAGGAUUGUGGUUGUAUUGGAUGUGUGUUGAAAAUGCCUCCUCGCAAAGAGUGUAUGGUCCCAUGCAUGCGAUGUGUGAUUUUUGUUGGUGAAUGCGAAAUAAGUUUAGUGUUUCAAAACGGUUAAUUGAUAGUCUCUGUUAGUGCUAUUGUGUUGA